AUGAAUCCAUCACUAUUCAAAUCUAAUUUAGUUGAAGAGGGAAAUAAAAAAUGGCAUGAAAUAAGGCAAAAUAACCCUGAUAGUAUUCAGGCAGAAAUUCAAGAUCUUCUAGCUACUCCAAUUUCAUUACAAGCAGUUGGUUUUAGCAAAAAUAUAAUUAGUAACAUAUCUUCUCAAUCUUCUGAAUUAACAACUUCAAAUAUGUCAACACAUAUCUCACUUUCUUUAUCAUAUCAUGAAUAUAACAUACGUUCUAAUUCUGCUGCUCAAAAAGCAGCAUAUGAAAAAAUUCAAAUUGCCAAAAAAAAGGUUAUUGAAUUUGAAUCUUUAUAUAACAUAGCUACUGAUAUUAAUAUUCGGCAUAAUCUUUUUGCUCAAAUACAAGAAAACAAAGAUAUUAUAAAUGCAAAUGAUAAAAAGAUUAAAUCACUUCAAAAACAUGCAUAUAAUCAAGCUAAAUCAGAAGCUAAAAAAAGAAAACAACUUGAUGAAGAUCUACUUGAAAAAAUACAUGAUUGCAUUGAAUUUGGGGAGGCAGAUCAAAAAAUAAGAAAAACAGUAAUCAAAAUUAGAACAAUUAGUCACUUAAAAAAAGAACUCGAAGAGCAAUAUGAACUUUAUCUUAACAGACAAACAUUAUCAACUUAUCUUUGGCCAAAACAUCCAAAUACUUUUUCAGCAAAGAGAUACCAUCAUCCAGCAAUGGUACAAGUUUGUUCAGUAUCACAUAAUGAAAAAGUAGACCACCCAGAUAGUUAUUACUGUCUUGCUUCAGUAAAAGGUGCUAGAACAUUUGCUGCAACAUUUCCUGAUCAUUCAAUAAUAAUAUCACAAGAUGACAAAUCAAAAGUUCCUUUGGGAAUUCUGGCAGUUGGAAGAAUGUUUAAAUCAAUAGAAACAAUAAAUGAACCCAUUUCUGUACCUGAUCAUGAUUUUCCUUUAGGCUCCAAAAUGAAGCUUAUUCCCUCUGUGUAUCUUCUAAUCAAUCCAAAAGAUACAAAUGAUACUUUUUGCUCAGGGCAUCUUACAAUUUAUAUCUGA